GCUGUGUGUCGAAGCGUAUGCCGAAGUGUAGCCGAAGCACCAGUCGAGCCGACGAACACCUGUUCCAAGGCCUCCUCUCGAACCCUUUUGUUCACAUUCGAUUUUCUUUCUAUUUCGCUCGCCCCUAACUCGCCUGAAGUCAGGUUGCUGACUCGCCCGGAAACAGACGACCGUAAACCCGCUGGUUGGUAUGUUCUCCCUCUUCAUGCCGGGAGGUGUUGCUGGCCGGGUGGCAGGUCGCACAGGCGCCCCUCGUCAAGCCUCACUCACUUGACCUGGGCCUAGCCCGUGUGGCUCCUGCCACGGCCGCUUGGCUUUUCUUUCUCUCCUUGCAGGACUCACCGGGGGGGACUCUCGGCGCUACGGCGGGAGAGUCGAAUCCCGCGCGGCCUCACGGCCACACCCCGAUGGGUCGCGUAGUCUCGGAGACUACACGGGUGCCAUCGAACCCCAGAGGCACUCUGGUGGGCGAAGGGACACCCGGCCGCUGGCGCACACUAUCGGGACCGGCGCGCAUGGGCAACACCUGGCGGCCGGUAGGGCGGAACCUCACCACUACGUGGCGUCGGACGUCGGAUUCGAGUAGCUGCUUCUCAGGAUGGAGGACUUCCAUCCUGGGGCACUCGAGCACAGAGUGAAUGAGCCUAUGCGAGAGGGGUGGCUCAUUGUGGGUUGGGUUUCUGCCUCGCGAUUUGGCGCGAAUCAGUUCUGACUCGCGCUUUCCCGUCGCCCCAGCCAUGACCGAAUCUCCGAUUCCUCCGAGCGUCGGUCCGCCCACCACUUCCAAGAGACCGAAAAGGGUCCCCUGUCGUAAGGACAUGAUGUUCAUCCGAGCUUUUGAGAUGUGGUACAAGCAUGAAUAUGAGGCCGAUCCGGAGGGUGGCGCCAAGAUAGGACAAUUCUUCGAGGACCUCCAGGAGCGGAUGCCCAUCGAGGGCACCCCCAGGAUGGUUCUGCUGAGGACGUACGAGCUACUGGAGGACGUGCUGCAGAGCACCGGCUGCCGGUCGGAUCUCUGCCACCUUCGUUGGAGUGCUUGGGGAGAGGCGUGCCUUGAGCUGAAAGCAGAGGCAUCCGGCCCCAAGCCCCCGGAAGGAGAACGGGCCAGGCCGGUGAUUGUGCUAAACCCCGAGAGCCGCCGGAUGGACUUCCUGGACGAAGAGCAGGUGGUCCUACAGCUGCGGAGCGCCUCUGAUGCUCCAGGCGGCCCUUUGAUGACUCCAUUCACGGGGCUGGAUGACCGGUGGGACUGGGCGGAGAGCGAGAGCCCCCCGCCCAGUUUCCGGCCCGUGCGCGCUUGGCGAGUGUGCGAAAUGCUGGCGAAGGUCGAAGUGUGUCGAAGCCACCAAGAGGGCGUGGACACGACUCGAUGGUCGGUGUGGGAGAAGAGGGAAGACCCCAUGAGCUUGGCUAUCCGAGUUCGGGAGGCUGUCCUUCACUGCCUGAGCCGUUCACCUUCGGAGAGGCAGAUGAAAGAGAUAUUCGAAUCGAUCACCCUGAACGUCCUGUGGGAUUGGAGCCUCGAGGGCUCGAGGCGCAGCAGCGCCUGGGCAGAGAGCCUGGGUAGCGUUCCACAGGCCUACCGGGUGGUGCUGAUCGGCCAACUAUUCCACAGUCUGUGUCGCUAUGCCACGCUGGGCGAGCAAGUCUUCAUGACAUACCACGCGAUGUCCGAGCUGGGCUUCGGGUUCGGCUGGAAAGACGCCUGCUACCUGGCCCUCUUGACGUCCCGCGGUGUGGGCACCGACAGGCACACUUCGGUGAAGCGAGUCCUGAGCAUCAUUGCUUCGGACCGUCCCCGAAACCCCAGUUUCCUCGCCAAGGAGGGCCUAACGCUUGCGCGUCGGAUCGAGCCGGGCCAGGUGCUAUGGCCGGCCCAAUGGGACGGACUGUCGGGAAAGUACCGCCUCUACUUCGAGUUGCGGAAGCACGCCCGAGCGAAUGAGACGAAUGUCCAAGCCCCGCCCAAGCGCCGGAAGGUACGCCCACCCCCUCCUCGUCGCUUCUCUGAGAGGCCUUCGGAGGAUUAAGGUCAAGGCCCUGCGGAGGGAGACCGCCCGGGCGCGAGCCAGCGCGGUAGCCACCCGCGAUCUGGCAAAUCGCGCACAAGAAGAAGCGUGGCCGUGGGCCCUGAGGAGGGACCCCGAGUCUGGCGGACCGACCACCCACACGCGCGGCGUGUAGCACGGAGGUGGAGCCUCUCGGUGGCUCUUGCAAUAUACUCGCCUGUUCUCUCC